AUUAAUUAGUAACUAAGAGUCUAACACUGGAGAGAGAGAGAGAGAGAGAGAAGGAAAGCAAGGGUUUGUCUUGCUCACUGCCCUUGCCAUAUUGCCGACGGUGUGGCUGAGGAGCUUGGCCCUGCUGGCUUACCUCUCUGCCGAAGGGGUGUUGGCCUAUGUGGCUCUGGUUGGCUGUGUUGCCUGGGUCAGUGCUGCUGAUAGUGUGGGAUUUCAUGAGAAUGGGAUCCUCUGGAAAUGGACUGGGCUGACUACUGCCAUAAACAUGUACGCCUUUUGCUACGGUGGCCAUGCUGUUUUGCCCACUCUCCGCAUCUCCAUUAGGGAAAGAAGCCAAUUCCCGCAGGUUUUGUGCAUUUGCUUCCUAGUAAGCACCAUCAUUUAUGGAUCAAUGGUGGUUAUUGGAUACCUAAUGUAUGGGCAAGAUUUGAUGUCUCAAGUGACACUAAACCUUCCAGUCAACAAUCUUAGCCCAAAAAUAGCAAUCUAUACCACACUAAUCAAUCCAAUAACAAAGUAUGCUCUAAUUGUUUCGCCCAUUGCCACAUCCCUUGAAGAGAGACUUCUGCUCCAAAACAGCAGAUUGAUCAGCUUGCUCCUCAGAACAGGCUUGGUGAUCAGCAAUGUUGAGGUGGCACUAACAGUCCCUUUUUCCGGCUAUGUCAUGUCUUUUAUAGGCCCAUUUUUUAUUGUUAGCCUAAAUAUCUUGUUCCCAUGCCUCUGUUACCUGAAGAUUUACAGAGCUUCUCAAAGUUUUGGUGCCGAAUUGAUGUUAUUGGGGCAAUCAUAGUGAUGGGAGCUUCUGUGGUUGUACCAGGUACAUGCACUUCAGUGUGACAAAUUGUUAAACACCUGCAUAGAGUUUGAAUCAUACAUUUCUAUUAAGCAGGGAGUUCAGAGGGCGAUUUGGGAUACUCUUUGAGUUUAUAUGCAGCACAAGAUCGCAUAUCAAAGAAGCUCCGUGAAUAAUGGCACAUUUUUACAAAUUUUAGGUCUCCCACACAUCAUGUAGAGAAGGGAAAUCAAGUUGUGGAUUAUUUGGCAAAAUAGGCUGUCACUCUCAGUGUUGUUGCAUGAAUUUUCUAUUGGGAUCUAGCUAUGAUUGCUUCAUACGAUCUUCUUGCUUGAAUGCUAUGCAAUGAAGAAAAGCAUUACU